ACUGUCUGAAAAUAUCGACAUCGACAUAUGAUGUAAACUUUACUCAUAUAGAAUUUGCAAAGAUCUAAGAAAAUAUAAAAGUACACAAAUAUACAAGGCUUUAAACCCAAAAAGUAAUAGAUAAUUGAAGAAUGAAAACACUAGUUUUCCCUGUGAUUGUUAUUUUAUGUUACAUUUGUGAUCCAUGUUUAUCAAUACGAAAAUACAGCAAGGAAGAUGUUAUAAAACUUCGAGAAGAAGUUCGAGAAAUGUUUCAACACGCGUACGACAGUUACCUACGUUACGCGUAUCCCUAUGAUGAAUUAAGGCCUCUCAGUUGUGAUGGAGUGGAUACUUGGGGUAGUUACUCCCUCACAUUAAUCGAUGCACUCGAUACCCUCGCUAUAAUGGGUAACUACACUGAAUUCAACAGAGUUGUAGAUGUAGUUCUACAAAAACAAAACUUUGACACUGAUAUCAAUGUUUCUGUCUUUGAAACGAAUAUUAGAAUAAUUGGAGGAUUACUGAGCGCUCAUUUAUUGUCCCAUAAAACAGGUUUAAAGUUGGAGCCAGGCUGGCCUUGUAAUGGUCCAUUGUUGCGUCUUGCUGAAGAUGUAGCUCAGAGACUUAUAGCAGCAUUUGAUACUACAACUGGCAUGCCUUAUGGCACCAUUAACUUGAAAUCUGGAGUACCUCCGGGAGAAACCAGUGUAACUUGCACUGCUGGCAUUGGGACUUUUAUAAUUGAAUUUGGUACUUUAAGUAGACUUACUGGUGAUCCACUCUAUGAAGAGGUGGCCUACAAUGCUCUAAAAGCACUUUAUCAUCACAGAUCUCCUAUAGGUCUGCUUGGCAAUCACAUAGAUGUCAUGACAGGGAGGUGGACUGCACAAGAUGCUGGUAUAGGAGGAGGUGUUGAUUCUUACUUUGAAUAUCUAGUUAAAGGUGCAAUACUUUUAGAAAGGCCUGAACUAAUGUCAAUGUUUAAAGAAGCGCGGCAAGUAAUUGACAAGUAUCUGAAGAAGGAUGACUGGUUUGUGUGGGCGACCAUGUUGCGAGGUCAUGUUACGCUGCCAGUAUUCCAAUCACUUGAAUCUUAUUGGCCGGGUGUGCUUACUUUGAUUGGUGAAACUGACACAGCUAUGCGUAUAAUACACAACUAUCAUAGUGUAUGGAAACAGUACGGUUUUACGCCUGAAGUAUAUAACUUAGGUACAGGAGAAGCGUCCACUUCUAGAGAGAGUUAUCCGUUGAGACCCGAGCUGAUAGAAUCUAUUAUGUAUUUGUACCGAGAGACACGCGACCCCAUUUUACUUCAGAUGGGUGAAGAUAUAUUAAGAAGUAUACAGCACAGUGCAAGAACACCGUGCGGUUAUGCUACGAUUAAAGACGUAAGGGAUCAUCGUAAAGAAGAUAGGAUGGAAUCAUUCUUUUUGGCGGAGACAACUAAAUAUUUAUAUUUACUUUUCGACCCUGACAACUUCAUACACAAUCCGGGAGUUCACGGCACUGUUAUUAACACUCCGAAUGGAGAAUGUAUCGUUGACGUCGGUGGAUACAUUUUCAACACAGAAGCACAUCCCAUUGAUCCAGCAAUGCUGUAUUGCUGUCAUGAACCUAGCAUAAAUAUAAGCGAAGUACACAGAAUAUACCAAAUAUUGGAAGAGGAAGAUAAUAUUCAGUUUAUGACAAUGAUUGAUGCAUCUCUCAAUGUCACUACAUCUGAAAGUGUUAUUGAAACAAAUAGUUCUGCAACUGUCAAUGCUUCGGAAGUCGUAAUCGAAGAAAAGAAUGAAGAGGAAGAAAUAAUACAAGAGGAGGAAAUAAUACAAGAGGAAGAAAUAAUACAAGAGGAACUGAUUAAAACGGAGACAAAGACAGGCUAUGUGAAUAUAGAUGGAACAGAAAGAGAGAAGACUACAAAUGAAACAACUCUAAGCGACAUUGUCAAAGAUAGAAUAAACAGUUACUAUGAGAAUACUAACGUGAAAGGCGAACAAGGAACGAGGGAGGAUAUCGAAAUUAAACCUAAGAAACCUGAAGAAAAAGUCGAUAUUGAUGAUAUAAUAGUUGUUAGAAAGUACACUGGGAAUGAUAAUUUACAAUUACCGAGUACGACAAAGGCGAAAGAAGCUAUAAAAAUGUUACCGAAAGUUAUACAAGAUUUUUUAAAUAACGAUUGGAAAUCGAAACCCGCGUGCGAGCCGCAGUACAUGUUGGAGCGGAUCCGGAAAGAAAAGUUGUAUCCAGAUCAUCCAGAUGUUGAUAAAUAUGAACUAUUGCUGACGCCAGCGCCCUCAUUUCUACAAAGAAUAUCGUUAGCUGGCGAAUUUCUUAAUAAAAAACAAUUAGAAUUAUAAGUGCUUUCUUGUGGUAAAUAAUUUAUUAAACGAACGAUCUUUUUUUAAUACUGAAAUAAUGAUUUCACUUCAAUUUUUCAUAUCAUUCCUAAUAAUUUAUUGUUAGUACUUUUUAAUGUUACAGUGUUUCAAUGUUAUUUAUUAAAGCGUGCA